AUGUGUGGAGAAAGCACCCGUCCAACCAUGGGAGGCACCAUCGCCGUUCUUUUCCCCGAGAAUCGCACUAGCCCAAGUCCAUCAGAGGGAUCCCGACCCUCAUCACCAGAAUCAAUCUCGUCAUUUACAUCUACAUCUUCAACAAGUUCAAUCUCCUCAUACUCUCUCUUCUUCCGCGACACAGACCCAUCCCAGAAAACAAAAGCGAUCUUCCGAAUGGAUGACACCGAGACAUACCAUGCGCUUCGCGAGUGUGGACGUGUCGAUGUGCGGAUCGAGAAAUAUGGCGAUAUCUCAAACACUUCAUUGGAGAAUACUCCACUUCAUCAAUUCCGAUUGGAAAUGACGAAAGAUCGAAACUCCAGAUCGGCAAGUCAUACUGAGAUGGUGUUUGACUUGCCUCAACGGUUAGACUUGGGUGUUUCGGAGAAGGGGAUUAUUGGUCGACAGGUCACGGUCAGAGAGGAGGGUGGUUCAAUUCUGGGGAUCGGAAUUGUGGGAUACAAUUAG